AUGGCUUCCAUCCAUGCUGGCCUGCCGGUUCCUCGACCAAGCCGCCGACGUGUAUCUUUCUCUCCACAGGGCGGCAUAUCUCGCAUGCCAGGGUACAUCAACGAGACUAAACCCCCUUACCCCCCCAGACGUUGGAAGAGGGUGGUUCUACCCAAAGAGCUACCAAGCCUUCGAGAGGGGAGCACCGAGACUCCCACAGACCAAGAUUCAGAGACCUUACCAACCGAGAUCAAGCCCGGUUCGGAACCUCCAACUGAGCGUGUUUACAAUGUUGCGUCUGCUUUCAAUUUUGCUCCGGCCAGAGUGCACAAUCUCUCAGAAAGCACCGUGUCGUUAUGCCAAGAAGACGACCUUGUCGAAAUGAUGAAACAUUCCCUUCACCUAGCGACACAAGCUCCUUCCAUCAUGUCAAAAGAGGAUACUCCGUCUAUUAUGUCAAAAGACGAUUUAGCCUCCAAGGUUCGAGAUACCUCGUCAUCAUACGGGUCCAAAGACGACGAUCUGGUCCGGGCCAGGUCUCCAGCGUCACCACCAAGCCUGAACACGCUCAAUGAAACAAACCUUUCAAGAUAUAGCGAAGGAAAUGACCAGCUCUCGAACCUACACUCGAGCCCGCGUCCGAACACACCUUGUUCUACUCUACAUGAUGCUGCUGAUGAGGCAGCUGCUACCGCAAAUGAGUGGAAGUCAGAACCUCGUCUAGAAAUUUCCACUUAUGAUGGGCUUGACCUGGAUAAGUGCGAAGAAGAGGAAGAGGUGCUGCCAUCUGAUUCUGUCUCUCAAUGUCGCGCUCCACCCGACGUGAUUCAAAGGUGCCCAAGGUGCCAAUGUAGCAGCCGGGCCACGUUCGAAAGCACCCGUGCAAUCAAAAGUCAAUACGACGGAGGUGGUGACGCCGCCGGUUUCGAAAGCCCUCAGUUUGGCACCAAGCUACAUCCCAUCAACUUUGGGGACAAAUUCCAGAGCAAGAAACGAAAGCCUUCAACCAUUUCCCUUAAGAGCAUCUCGAGCCAUAUCCCGAAGAAGGCCAAGAAGCUCAAAACCUUUGCCAAUGACAUUAUUCAAGAAGGCACUAUCCGGUUCAACAAGCUCAAAUCAAAACUGAAGAAGCAGAAUGAACACAGCAGAUCAAAUUUUGAAGCAUGGAAGGCUAAUCGUCGGCGGGCACGGCCAGGUGAUCCAAUCAAAGGGAAACCUCAACCAAGCUACGCCAUGUUCAACCUAGAGAAGAGUGUCCACGGCAACAAGGAUGACUGGUGGAAAGAGGGCGUUCGACGUUAUCGUGCACCUUCGUGGAUGGUGUUCGGGGUGGGAGCUCAGCCUGCGGUAUAA